CUCAUUUCUAGACAUAAAACAUGGAGCAGAUCAAAAAUCAAACUAUGAUCCCUGAAUUUGUCUUCCUGGGCUUCUCUGCUUUCCCUGAGCCUCAUCUGGUGUUUUUUCUUCUGUUUCUGGCAAUAUAUCUCACUGCUUUGCUUGGUAAUGGGUUUAUCCUGACCACUGGAUGGCUGGAUUCUGGCCUCCACACACCCAUGUACUACUUCAUCCGACAUCUCUCAUUCCUGGACAUCUGCUAUAUAUCAGUCACGCUGCCCCACAUGCUGAAGAAUCUAGUGGCUGAGAUAAAGACAAUAUCUAUCCAGGACUGCCUGGCCCAACUUUACUUCCUUGUGGCUUUUCUGGGUGUUGAGUGUCUCCUCUUGGCUGUAAUGGCAUAUGACCGCUAUCUUGCCAUCUGCCACCCACUUACGUAUGCUGUCUUCAUGAAUAGGAAACUGUGCACUGGGUUGGUGGCAGCCUCAUGGACCUGUGGGCUCCUCAAUGCUGUGAUGCACACUGCCAUGACUGCGCAACUGCCCUUCUGUGCUUCUCACAGCCUUGAUCAUUUAUUCUGUGAUGUUCCUCAGCUUCUCAAGCUGUCCUGCCAGGACACAUUCUUGAACCAGAUCACAUUGUUCGUGGUCACCUUUCUGCUUGGUGUCAGUCCUUUUCUAUGCAUCGUAGCUUCCUACACCCACAUUGUGAUAGCAAUCCUGAGGAUUCGCACCACCCAGGGCCGCCACAAAGCAUUCUCUACCUGUUCCUCACACCUCAUAGUGGUUAGCUUGUUUUACAGCACUUGCAUGUUCAAUUACAACCGGGCUAGAGCCAGCCAUUCAGUACUGAUAGACAUCUUGGCAUCUGUGCUGUACAAUGUUGUGACUCCAAUGCUGAACCCAAUCAUUUAUUCCCUGAGAAACAAAGAGAUGAAGGAAGCUCUGAAACGUAUACUCAACCCAAAAAAUGCCAUCCUUCUUCUAGCGCCAGCUUAUUAG